AUGAGCCAUUACGCGGCCAACAUCAAGCCACAGAAGGACCUGACUCACCUGGGAGAUGUCCACCAAGAGGAAGGCGAGUCCCUGAAAGCCUACUUGGUUCGAUGGCAAAAGGAGAUUCAGUCUAUCGAGGAGGUCGAAGAUCAGACCGCACUCACUUUUUUCAUCGAGUCUUUACGAUCCGGGCAGUUGUAUCGGGACCUGCGGGAUAAUCGCCCGACUACCUACGCGGAAGCCAUACACAUGGCCAAUAAAAGGGCUAACACGGAGCAGGCCAUGAAGCAUAAGCGACAACGCGAAGUCGGAGGAUCCGUCGGCGGAAAGAGGACCCGCGCGGAAACCAAGGAAAGGCGCCCAGAAGGGGAUCGGCGACCCGAGGCUAGACGUCCCUAUGACAAGCCUAUGGUCCAUCCCUACCGGGCUGUUCCUCAGCACCCGGUGCAUGAGGUUCAAGCGGUCGCUCCGCCUCCGCCCCCGCCGAUCGACGAGCGUAUGGCGAGUGAAGAGACAGGUAAGAACUCUAAGUACUGCCGCUAUCAUAAGUCUUACACUCAUAGUACGGAAGAGUGCUUCUACUUGAAAAAGGUCAUGGAAGGAAUUAUCCAGCAAGGGACCUCACCUCCUAAUCAGUGGAGGCGAAGGUCAGUAGCACGAGAGGACGAUGAUCCCGCGGUCACCGCCGAGAAUAGCCGCGGCAAGUGGUCAGCCACUGAGGAGGACGAGGCCCAGUGGCGUCAAAAACCAGUCAUUAACAUGAUAGUCGGCGGGCCGGAGGGCGGCGACUCGGCGAAUACCAGAAAGGCCUAG